ACAAAUCUAAAUGGCGGCGAUAAUAGAACUACAGACAUGGCUAUCCGGAAACAGUGCGAGGCAAGCCGCUUUCGCGUAGUGCAGUGCCGUUGUGCGGACAGGACGUGUUGGAGAUUUGCAGAUUUGUAAAGUCAAGAAUAAUAAAGAAGAAACGGGAUGGAUGGACUGGGACCCAGUUCCCUGGGACUUGGAAAGCUAAGAUAUUGCAACACUAAAGUACAAGACAAUGGAGAAAAGCAGGAAGGAAAGGAGACCAUUGGAGAAAGAAAGCCCAAUGAAAAGGAGAAUGAAGAUCAGGGAAAGAAGAUUAAAAGAGAAGUGAUGGUAGAAAGUGAACCAGUGGAGAACAAGACCUCCGGUGACAAAAAAGUCAGAAUACCAACAGACAGCAUUCUGGAGAAAAUUCUAGAAAACCGUGAUUUUAUGCCAGUGAGAAGUGCUGAAGGAGGAGGGGAUAAAUCUUACAUCAAGAAAGAAAAUGUGGAUAGUAGAAUGGUGGACACUAAAAGAGGCUGCAUGGACGUCAAGGCCUCAUUGUAUAGAAGUCCAGCUUCUGGCAGGAUGAUUGGUAAGAGCACACAAUGUGCAGCUGCAGGAGAGGGACAGACUCGACCUGGCAGAGCUUGUGCCGAGGAGCCUGAUAACCGUGCACAUUCACACCAAGAGAAGCAAACUCCUGAAUCGGAAGGAAAGACACAAAUUGGAAAGACGAAGCUCGCCAGCCGGGCCCAGGGUUGUAGUUCGCAACGCAGUCCAUGUGGCGAUUCUGAUGAUGAAAGUGUGGAAGCGGGAUUAUUCAUGUUGUGUGAGAAGCAUCCAGGACCUGAAGAAGAAGAACAGUUUGAAGCUGAGGCUCAUGCCAUUGAUUGGCCACGCAGAAAUAAAGAUAAGAAUUUGGCAAAGUGCCAGAAGAGAAAACUUUCAGAAACUUCAGUAAAAGAUGCAGUAGCACCUGAAACUGAGGUAAAGCGUGAAUGCUCUGAUUCAACUAGGAUUCUUCCUCCAAAACAAGAUGGCAUGUCUCCCAAAGAACCACCCCACCAUUCUGAAACUUCACAAAGAAGCACUGUGACCGAGUCCUCGACUGCCUCCUCAGGUGAACAGUCCCAGUCGGAGUCUGAUGGCACAACUGGCAUCCUGCUGAUUGAUACCUUUGGUGUCCCGUACACACUUUAUCGGAAGGUUACUCCGCAAGGUGGGAACAGUGAAGGGAAAGAAGAGGCUGCCAGUGAUGGGAGUGCCACCUCAGAUGGUGCGGUCACCUGCUCUUCCAGCCCAGCCAAAUCCUAUAUCUGUGCUGUGUGUUACCGGCCCUUCCCUUAUCUCUCGUACCUGGAGCGUCACCGCAUCAGCCACUUGGAAAUGAAGCCACACGUCUGCAGCGACUGUGGCAAAGCCUUCAAGCGCUCCUCCCAUUUAGCCCGGCACCGGCACGUACACUCGGACCUUGGGAAGCCUUAUCAGUGCUCUGUGUGUCAGAAGGGCUUUCGGGAGGCUGGGGAGCUUGUCCAGCAUGAGCGAGUACACACUGGAGAGCGACCAUACCAAUGUCAGGUGUGUCGACUACGCUUUUCCGAGCGUACCACACUGCGGCGGCACUUCCAGAGAAAACACGCGCAGCAGCCGUUAACGCCAGAUCCCUAAGAGCCACUCAAUUAUAUGACCACCCUUUUCAUAUGUUACUUUCUAAGUUAUAGAGGUCUGUCAAGAGUCCACUGCCUUAGUCAGAAAUGUGGGCUUUUACCUGGUUUUUAGUGGUGUAGAAGACAGGGACGAUGUAGACGGACUCUGUGCUGGUAGAGACAGGAGGAGCACUUGGCUGCUGAUAACCCUUAACAAGUGACUGGAUGUGACACUGGGACAAAUACAUAUUAUCUAAGCUAGCAAGGCAUGUGGACGUGAUGGUCUUGUUGUAAACGUUUACUGUAUUCUUGGAAAUCAGCCUGGUUUGUAAGUGGAUAUCAGCUUGGAUGGCAAGAAAAGCCCUGGAGAUUUCCUGGCCUUUGCCAUUUCCCAAUCAUAACGUUGGUGUACUAAAGUCCUUUGGGGCGUCUGUACUGCACAGCCUGUAAUAGAGAGGAGACGCAGCAAAGGCCGGUCCUGGAGAGGAGUAGCUUAGAGGAAGUUAGGGUCUGUUACACCACCGUAACACCUUCAUUUCAAGCCCCUGAAGCUGAGAGUUUACUGCAGGUGACAGAUGUGACCCUGACACAGUGUAUUGCGUUAAGAAAUUGCUGUUUUAUAUUCUUGCAUGUAAAGGCAGUAGUACUAAUACAGGAGAGGACAAAACGCCACUGCUUGUCAGCUGUGCUUCUGUAGACCAAAGCUUAAUGGAAAAAGUGAGAGUGGGCUGGCGUCAACCCUGGCCCAGAUCGUCUCCUUAAGAAAGUGACUGCGAGAGAUCCCACCUGAUGUAAUACAGCCAUCACAUUAAGGCGUUCUAACGACAUGGAAACCAUUGCCAGGGAUAACCGAGAACAGUCGCACAGGGUACAGAUGUGUGGUAUGGUAUAGUCAGGAGCUCGAAGCCCCUUGAUUUGUUAAGAUGCACGCAAGAGUCGGGCCCACCAGGGGUAUGAACUGUGUGUCCAAGUUGUGGUCCACUUUAUCAUUGCAAAUAAACGCCACAUCUCAGAGGUUUAAAUACAGAAGUUGGUUGCAAGUUGAUAGCGGGGCAGCCACAUUUCAAGUUGAUGAGCAAAGGAGUGCAAGUUCUUUGGAAUGAAAAAGUUGAACUCUGCAAUUCUGCAGAACUGCUAGAGAGAAUAAUCAGGGAACACUGUAGGUUACUGGACCAUUUUAAGUAAAAAGCUGGAAUUUCUUUAGUAGGUUAAUUCUGAGUCUCAGAUAAUGAAAACCCCAAGUUCUGGGAAUAUUUGCCUAAAACUCCAUUGAUUUUUGAGUUGUGACGUAUACAGAGAAUGACUGCGAUGCUCAGUCCCAUAACUGGAGUGUCUGCUGCUGGAGAAUCCAAGUCUUUCUUAUGAUGUGAUUUCGAGUCUUCAGCAGCGGAUACCUUGGAUUAUUGGUUCAUUUGUCUAGGAAUAUUUUCCACUAGAUCAGUUGCAGCUUUCGACCCUCCAAUAUUGAAUACUCCCGAUUAUGGAAAUAGCUUGGCUAAAAAUCUGCUAGUGUUUUCAGUAAAUAGAUUCACAGUCUCGGGCGUUACAAAGCCCCUGGUCCUCAGACUGUUUGCCUAAAUGUCUGCUUGUUUUUUGAUUAAAUCAAUUGUGACAUUAAGAGAAUGAGUACAAUUCCUGAUCCUGUAAAUUGGUGUACUGUUUUUUCAGGAAAUUGGGUGCAGCAUUAAGAGAGCGAUUGUCCAGUUUUGGCACCGUGUACCCUACGGUAUGGAACGUUUUUGGGAAUCUGCUAAUUUUUCACUAAAUUGGUUGCAGCAUUAAAAGAAGUUUAGUGUGAAGUGUGCAGCAGCGAACGCCCCAUUACAGGUCCUCUUAAAUACCUAAUAGUUUCACAAAAUGGAUUUGUGCAGACUGAGGAGGCUUUUCUUCACAUGAAUCUUUGCAUUUACAGACUUUUGUGUCCUCAGUAGCCAGUAAGUUGAUGUUAUUAUUUGUCUUUUAGAAAAAAAAAUUAAAACCAUUUAAGAGUCCUAACUAUACUAAUAGUUUUAAGUAGUUAAUUGGCGCAUAAAAGCGAAGAUGUGAUGACAGCCAGGGGACACCGUAUGUGAGUGCAUUGCAACAUGAACGGCAGGACUAUCUGAAGAGGCAGGGGCGAGAUGAGAGUUAAAGUGUGCAUGUUUUACAAGAAGAAGAGCUAAGGACCACAUCGCACAUUACGGUGGUGUGACAUUAUGACAAAAUAAGACCACCUGCCGUGUUCGUAUCCGCUAUUCACAAAUUAAUCCUACAUGCGCCUGUACACAGAGUUGCCAGUUUCUUAGGUCCACUUGUUUAGCAGUCAGUGUGUUGGGCGCUGGAGGUCUUGGUCAGGAAUCUUGUACCAUGCAGAAAUAAUUGUGUCUUGAAUCUUACUGGCUUAUGAAACUCCAAGUGAGGCUUUGCCUCUAAAUGUAGGCUUCAGCGCUCCACACAGUCUUGCUAUCUAUCAAGGGGAAGUCUUACCUCAAAAUCAAAACUAAAGAACAUACAACACAUGGAAUGUCAUUUCCAUUUCAAACUUCAGGAGGGUAACUAACUGUAAAGCUCCAGGCCUAAAUAAUGAAAAUGAUGUACCUUUAUACAGUGGACCCUUGACUUACGAACUCGAGUUACGACGAGCCCUCGUGAGCGAAUUAAGUUGGUUGUAAGUCAAGACUAUUUUUCCCAUAAAUAAUGGAAAUACCCAUAAUGCGCUCCGAACCUCCCACA